ACAAGAAGUCAAGAACGAUCCUAUCCCUCAACAAAGAAUUAAGCUUUAAUAAAAGAGGAACAAAGUGCUAUACAAUUGAGGACCAAAAUGGAUUCAGAAGAAUCAGAAUCCUAUACAUCACUGUGAGAAAGGGGGAGCGGCUUUGACAUCACUACAACCAAUGCGAAGAACGCAGAAGAGUUCGGUGGCUUCGAACACCGGUGGAGUUAACCAUAGCAGCAGCAAUUACGGCAUUGGAGUUGCUGGCUAUGGAGGUCUGAAUGGACCUGGUUCAUCACCCAUCAAUUCGGCUCCCACAUGCAGACCGGAGGGUGCUUCAAUGGAAUUGCCGGUGAGCAGGAGGUUGUCCCCGACGAAGAUAGGCAGACCGGAAGAGAGACAAAGGAGGAGUCUUCGGCAGGAGGUUGUCGUCUUUGCCAACGCAGGAAGGGAGCGGACGUUUCAAUGGUCAUCCUUCGAGACGAGAUCGGAAGGGUCUUCGGCGCAGCGGCGGCGACUUAGGAAGAGCUCCAUCUGCUCAGCGUCCAAGCUCCUUGCCGCUGAUAGGGUUGGAAGACGGAAGUUCGAAUGGCGGAGGUGUCUCACGGUCUUGAACAGCGGCGACGGCACCGAGUGAACCUUGCAGAAAGAAGACAGGACACAGCCGUUUCCAAGUCACAGCGACAUGAAGAAGAUGCCAUCGCGCGAAACGGUGUUGCCAAGAAGAACUUCGGAUUAGCAGCGGCAAUAGAGGUGGAAUCGAAGAUAGUAGACCCGCGUGGAGGAUGGGGAAACGGGUUGGGGAAGGGGAAGCUGAUGGGGUUGGGUCGGGUCCUCUUUGUGGGCCUAGACCCCUGUCCCAAAAGAAAAAUAUAGAAAAAGAACAAACAGAUCCUUCGAAUCUGGAUCUCCUGCAUCUCAUUCUCACUCCUCCUGCGAUGCGCCUCGCUGCACUGCUCCAGUGCUCCUCUGUCCUGUCGGAGUGAUUAAGAUCAUGUAAUUCAAACUCUCUUCUGUCUCAAGUACUUCAAUCCAAUGAUUCCGUUGCUGCCUCACUCCACACCACAAUGAACAGUUACCAAUUCGGAUCCCAAGCCCCAAAGUCCUUUCAUCCUUUCACAAGGAUCGACUUCGACUUAGAAUCCGGAACCGCCACCUCACCAAAACGACCUCGUAAACCCAGGAACUCCACGUCGUUUCGCCCUCUCAGAAUGAUCAAAUCAUUUUAUAACCGUUUCAACCACUUCUUCAAGCUCCACCCUCUCAUGCUUAUUUUUAUUGCUUUCUCCUUUGGUGUAAUGGUCCUCGUCUUCCUCUCCUUCUACGGAACCCAGCACAAGGCGCAGAAUGGGGGCUAUUAUGUUAAAUUCGACUCUGCUUCGGAAGAUUACCCUUUCCCGAACCUGAAGAACCUUGUCAUGGUUGCUGGGCACUCUGUUUAUACCAGUAGUAACUGUGGGAAGAUUGAGAAGGAAGAUUCUUGGUUCUUAGAGUCGUAUCAGAAGAAUCCUGGUCAAGCUGCGACUUUUGUCAAGCAUAUUCAAGAAGGGAUUGAGAUUGCGGCCAGAGAUGAGAAUGCUCUGCUUUUGUUCAGUGGGGGAGAGACACGGAAAGACGCGGGACCUCGCAGCGAGGCGCAGAGUUACUGGGCCGUAGCAGAUUACAAGGGAUGGUUUGGUAAAGAAGAAAGUGUGAAAUCAAGAGCACUUACAGAGGAACAUGCACGGGACAGCUUUGAAAAUCUUCUAUUCAGUGUGUGUCGGUUCCGAGAGCUUACAGGCACCUAUCCCCAAAAUAUAACUGUUGUAGGUUAUGAUUUCAAGGAAGAGAGAUUCGCACAUAUACAUCGAUCUGCAAUCGGCUUUCCGGACUCGAGGUUCUUCUAUGCUGGCACCCCUGCUACAUCAAAUUCAAUGGCAACUGCUCUAAAAGGAGAGGAGCUGGUGAGGACUCAAUUCCUCAGAGAUCCAUAUGGAUGUAAGGGUUCACUUUAUCAUAAGAAACUAAAGCGCGAUCCUUUUCACCGGUCCAUUCCUUAUCCCAAUGGGUGCCCUGAAAUUGAAGCUUUGUUCAGAUAUUGUGGACCAGCACCUUUUCCUGGUGCACUCCCAUGGGCAUAGUUACCAUGACUUUGAUCAGAUAAUAUAAGGUGUAAACUAACAAAUUUGAGAUAAUAUAAGGUACAUAUGAGAAUCACUAAAAGAUGCAUGAAUCCGCGGAUAAAUGAUACCAUUGUUAAAUUUUGUUCAGGGGAGAUGAUAUUGUUGUGUACCAAAGUGAAUUGUUUGAUAAACGAUGCCAAUGUUAAAUUUUGUUCAGUUGAGAUAUGAUGAGGUGAAGACGAAGUUAAUUUUGCUUAAACAAUACCAUUGUUAUAUUU